AAUAUUGAAUAUAGGGCUUUGAAAAAACUUGGUUCACCAUUUUUUUAUUCUGGAACACCGGGGUAAGUAAGGACCGAAUAACGUCACUCAAAAGUUUAACCCUACUCAUUUGCCCUUCUCCCAUCCCCUUGAACAUACUCUAAUUUAAACCCUAUGAAUACUUCUUUUUUAAAGAAAUAAAUAAAUAGGGCUCCUCUAACCAUUAUAAAUAAAUAUUGAUGUACGGUUACGCCAAACACGUCAAUAACGGAAACUUUCCCAAGAUUAAGAGCAGAGAAGUUGCCUGCGAUUAUCGGGUAUCUACUAACGGUUACCCAAUGUACAAAAAUAAUACGCUGAACCCGAAGUUGCACAACAAGCAGCAGGAAAGAAAUCUCAAGGUGGAAUAUUACGAGAGGGAGGAUGAUGAUAGCGACCAAGAUUACUACUAUGAUCAAGGCAACAAAUGUAUGGAAGAGAUCGAAAUGAAGGGCGGAGUUCAUCGCCGAUAUGUGCCUAACCCUCUCAUGGGUAGACCUAAAGCGGCAAAACUACCCGAUAAAUACAGUUUAAAAUGCCCUUACUGCAAUCUCAACAUAAAACGGGGCAAGUUAGAGAUCCAUAUAGAAGUUUGCUCAGAAAAAUCCCGGCUAGAGAAAUACGGUCAUUAUCAACAUCAAAAUGAUAACAAGGAUCAUAAUUUAGCCAGAAAAAUGGAAAAAUUAAAAUUAUCGAAAGAAAAUGGUCCGAAAAAAGUGAUCCGUUUACCGCCAAUCAAAAACGAGAGCAGCCCGUCAAACGGUAGCGAAACUUCUGACGAAGAAGCCGAAGACUCUCGAAUCAACGAAUAUCAACUGGAGGUCGAAGACGGGAUCAUGAAAUUCCCCGAAAAUUAUAAGGCCAAGAAUAUAGAGAUCAAAACUCGCUAUUACGAUCCUUGUACUAACCGAAAUAAUCACCUGAUGCACAUCCAGCAGAACACUAUUUGGCUUAAGAACGUGAGGGAUACCCUGGCAACAGCUGGUUACGUUGGCAUGCAUAAAGCUAAGAACGCUCCGGUGAUUAAAAAGAAAUUUUACAUAUCUUCUACCGACUCUGACAGGGAAAAUGAAAUGGACAUGGAUUUGUAUUCGAUACCCAGAAUGAAUAAUCAAUCAUACGAUAGAAAGUCUAGUAAAAUAUAUAAGAACACUAUUAAGAUUCCCAGAUCGCGGAUGCUGAGAAAUAUACCGCCGCUAGAGGGCCAAAAACUUAUGAUCAAACCUGCGAAUGCUAUUUAUGAAAGUGUUGGUAAAAGGGUGGAAAGAGGCGACCCCCCUCCUCCGCUAAGACCAAAAAACCAACACAAUAAAAUGAACGAAUUGGAAAAGGUCUGCAACAAAAUGCAAGCCAAGAAGUGCAGAUAUUGCAAUAACUUCUAUCCUUCGCCCACUGUUAAAUUCUGUGCCGAGUGUGGAACAAAGAAAGAUUGAAAAGAAUUCAAUCAUUUCUUCUAUUUUUUUUUUAAAUGAAAAUGAAAAUAAAUAUUUUAUAAUGAUUCAUUUCAGGUUUAUA